AUGGCGGUGACAAAGAUCUACGUCGUGUGCGUGGACAACCUAAUCAUAAGCACCUGCAAUGCUGUACUAAAUAUACGUACGACUGUUCGAGUACUCACUGGCAAUGUUUCUACUAUUCAUCAUGCUCUUGCUGCUGCUGCUGACUUUGAUCAGGCGGAGGAGAUCAACAAGGGCGCCGACUCCGUCGACGGCGUCGAGGCAACCAUCUGGCAGGUGGGGGGAGACGCUGCCGGAGGAGGUGCUGGCGAAGAUGCACGCGCCAGCCAAGAGCGACAAGCACCCAGUGAUAUCGGGCAAGCAGCUGGCCGGCCGACGCCGACGGCAUCCCUGUUCGGCUUCCCGUCGCGGUUCGGCAUGAUGGCGGCGCAGAUGAAGGCGCUCUUCGACUCCACGGGCGGGCUCUGGCAGACGCAGGCGCUCGCGGGCAAGCCCGCGGGGUUCUUCUUCUCGCUGGGCACCCAGGGCGGCGGGCGGGCAGGAGGAGACGGCGCUCACGGCCGUGUCGCAGCUCACGCACCACGCCAUGGUGUUCGUGCCCGUCGGGUCCACGUUCGGCGCCAGCAUGUUCGACAUGGACGAGAAUUGGUAAUGCCUUUAAAAGCUAGGUUGGCAGAUGAGUAUCUAAACGGUGACGCUAUGGGCAGAAAAAUUCGCCACACCACCAAUGCACCAAGAGUUUGCAUUGGAGAGGAAAAGUAA